UGGGCACUGGUUGGUGGCACUGGUGGGCACAGGUGGGUGGCACUGGUGGGCACAGGUAGGUGGCAAGGCUGGGCACAGGUAGGUGGCACUGCUGGGUGGCACUGGUGGGCACUGCUGGGCACAGGUGGGUGCACUGCUGGGCACAGGUGGGCGGCACUGCUGGGCACAGGUGGGCAGAACUGGUGGGUGGCGCUGCUGGGCACCGAUCAUCAGGGCACUAAUCAUCAGUGCCCUGAUGAUCAGUGCCGAUCCUUGCUCUGACAACUGCUGGUUCUCGGCAGUACUUUCCUCACGAUCUGACAGCGUGAGGAAAGUGCAGCCAAGAACCGGCAAUUGCAU